AUGGCCAUCGACGACCAGGUCACGGAUGAAUCGUCCAUCAAGCCUGUGUCGUCGCUGCGCUCGCGCUUCGAGAACCUGACCACAACACAACCUCCACCUAUACCUACGCCGUCCUCCAACCUGCGCAGAUCGCUUGACCUUCCGCGCCCACUUCCGUGCACAGAUGGUGUGCCUGACAAGACUCCCCAAGGACUGAAGAAAGCGAAGCCUCCUCCGCCCAGACCUCGACCUGUGUCGACAGCAUACCCCUUGACUCCCCGUCAUUCUCCUCCCUCUGUCAGCGUACAAUCACCUGCCUCUCCACCUCGCAGCGUCAAUGUCCGCGUCACCAAUGCGACUCCCUCAAAGUCCCCUCCUACUUCGACCUUGUCUACUCCCGGCUCUACAAAUGCUUCUCCAGCAGGUUCCGUCCGUCAUUUUCGCACUCCAAGUCGAGUAACAACGCCUGCGCUAGAGGCUCGCAUGUCGGCUUUCCUGCAGGCCUCACAAUCGAACGAUGCAUUGCCCGAGAGUCGUCCUCAAUCAAAUGGCGAAUCAAGGCCGAAGAGCCCCAACUUUGGGGGUCCGCCUCCUGUGAAUCGUGCUGGCAAGCCUAAACUCGGUGGACUGGCUUCUGCGAGUGUCGAGAGUCUAGCACCUCUGAACGCAGCUAGGACCGGAAACAGUCAAGUCUCGCCAUUUGGCACUCCUCCAAGCAGUUCCGAGACGACUCCACAUACCGAACACGUUGCUCCUUCUAUACCGCUUGACUCGAAGCCUAGGAACCAAUCUGUCUCACAUGGAUAUUUCGCCGGUGUCGUGGCUCCUAGGCCUGCUCCUGUGCAACCUCGAAAUCCCUCUCCCAAGCCUCUGAGCCGCUCAUACGACUCAAAUGCUUUCCAUCCCUCUCGCCUCCACAUGAUACCCCAAAGAGCGGCAGUUCCAGCCCAGGAUGGUACUAAUGAAGAGGAAGAUGCACCGGUGCUGCCUCCUCGUCCUGAGCGCGAACUACGUUCUGGACGCACCAGUCCCACCCGCUUCAACAACAAAAUCCCCGCCCGCCAGUCUUUGGAUCUCCCACGCCGGCCGAGCGCAUUCGCUGCUACUACAGACAGUACCAUGAUGCCACCUCCGCGCCGUGGUCAACCACUCCCACUUCAAACGUCUGCCUCUGCGCUGUCACAAGGCUUCGAUAGAAGGCACUCGACCACGCCCGCUGCCACUCCUUUGAGUAGCAAGCCGCCGCCUCCUGCCAUUCCAGCCCCUCGUCGCUCGGUAGAUACUCGUCGUGAGGAUCUCAGGAGCAUUCCGUCCACUCCUCUGUUAACACAUCAUGCCGACGAUGUGGAAGACCCUCCUGUCAACUACCCUGGUGGCAAUCCUCAGGACUUUCCGGAUGCUUCACAAGCAAAUAGGCGUCCUCCACGAUUCAGAACCCGUCCUUGGGAGAUUCACACAGGAUAUGAUACUCGCACCUUUGCAGUAUGCGGAGAUUUAGUGUGCACAACGGGCUACAUUACGCGUGUGUGGAGUCUGCGCACUGGCGAAUCGUGUCUGACUCUAUCUCAUGGUGAUAACGUCAAGGUAACUGCAUUGGCUUUUGCGCCAACAGCGGAUGCAGAGCAUGAAGGGCGACGGCUCUGGCUCGGUACGAAUAUCGGCGAGAUUCAUGAAGUCGACAUUCCUAGUCAAUCGAUUGUCUAUACCAAGUCCAACGCGCAUCCUCGACGAGAGAUUAUCAGAAUCUUCCGCCAUGCUUCCGAAUUAUGGUCUCUGGAUGACGAUGGAAAGCUCAAUGUCUGGUCGCCUCGCUCCACAGGUAUGCCCAGCCUGGAGACCGUGCCAACAGCUUUCAGAGCCAUGCGUGGACACUCGUGUUCAGUCAUUGUUGGCGGUCACCUAUGGCUUACCGCGGGUAAAGAAAUCAGGGUUUUCAAACCGAGUGCACCUACCGAAGCUGCUUUCAAUGUUUUGCAGAAGCCGUUGUUUGCAGAAGGUGCAGGCGAUAUCACUGCUGGAGCUAUCAUCCCCAGCAAACCGGACUUGGUCUACUUUGGACAUGCUGAUGGAAAAGUAUCUGUCUUCCAACAUCGCGAUUACAAGUGUAUUGGUGUAUUUAGCGUCAGCCCGUACAAGAUCAGCUCUCUAGCAGGAGCAGGAGACUAUCUCUGGGCUGGCUACACUGCGGGUACCAUAUUCGUAUACGACACUGCUACAACGCCGUGGCGGGUCGUCAAAGACUGGGUGGCUCACGACAAUCCGAUUUGUAGUAUCAUAACGGAUACGCAGAGCAUCUGGAAGAUGGACAAUCGCCUGCAGGUUGUGAGUCUCGGCCUUGACAAUACCAUCAGACUAUGGGAUGGUAUGCUUCGUGAAGACUGGCUCGAGACCAAGAUGCAACAGACCGACAAUGAAUUCUGCUCCUUCGAGGAAGUCACUGCUGGGGUGCUUACAUGGAAUGCUGGCGCUGUCAAGCCCAACCAUCUGAAAGGUAGUGAGAGAGACGCUGCCUUCUUCAAGGACUACUUUUCUUCGCACACUCCUCCGGAUAUUCUUGUUUUUGGCUUCCAAGAGCUGGUAGACCUGGAGAACAAGAAAGUCACAGCUAAGAGCUUUUUCAAGAGUAGAAAGAAGGACCCUACGGAGCAAGAGCACAUGUCGCAUCAAUACAGAGCUUGGCGAGACCAUCUUACUAGAUGUAUUGAAGACUUCAUGCCGGCCAACCAAGGAUAUACCUUGUUACACACGUCAAGCAUGGUUGGUCUAUUCAGCUGCGUCUUCGUCAAGACGUCACUUCGAGCCCGUAUCAAGCAAGUGCACACCGCAGAAGUCAAGCGAGGUAUGGGCGGUCUGCAUGGAAACAAGGGUGCUUUAAUCAUCCGCAUGAUCCUGGACGACAGUUCAGUAUGCCUGGUCAAUUGUCAUCUUGCUGCAGGACAAACUCAAACGCUUCACCGCAAUAACGAUAUUGCUGCCAUUCUCGAGGCUGAAUGCCUUCCGGUAGCAGCUGUAAGCAAUACAGCGGGCACCUUUGUAGGUGGUGGUGAUGGCAGCAUGAUCUUGGACCACGAGAUUUGUAUCCUCAACGGAGAUCUCAACUAUCGUAUUGAUGCGAUGCCGCGAGACACGGUCGUGCGCGCUGUCAACGAUAGGAAUUUGGCGAAGCUGCUCGAACGCGAUCAACUUUUGCUGUCGCGCAGGAAGAACCCGGCGUUUAGACUACGCGUGUUCCAGGAGAUGCCAAUCACGUUCGCGCCGACAUACAAAUACAACGUUGGUACUGACGAUUAUGACACCAGCGAGAAGAAGCGAGCUCCAGCAUGGUGCGACAGAGUACUCUACAGAGGCUUAGGCAGGGUCAAGUGCGAGGAUUAUAGGCGAUGGGAGGUCAGAGUCAGCGACCAUCGGCCAGUUAGUGCACGAUUGAAGAUCCGCAUCAAGAAGGUCGAUGAACAUCGACGAGCAGCGGCAUGGAGCCGACGAGAGAAGGAGUUUGAAAAGUACAGUGAACGGAUCGCUGGCGAGGCCAAGUAA